AUGCAGCCUUCAUCCCGUGUGGCUAUCAUUGGCGGUGGUUUAGCUGGGCUUGCAGCUGCGAGAACUCUUCAAGAGAAAGGCGUAGACUAUGUGCUUUUUGAAGGGACAAAUCUGCUGGGUGGACGUGUCAGAAAUCUUCCAUACCGCUCUGGCUAUAUCCAACUCGGCGCCCAGUUCAUCAAUGGGAAGAAAAAUUUGAUGUAUGAGAUCGCCACCGCACUCAAAUUGCCUAUACAAGAUCUCAAAGAGUUUCGCACUUUCUCAAAUAAAAUGUCGGCAAAAUUCGACUUAGGUGAAGCGAAUUUGGCAACUCAAACUUUGGCUCAAGUUUUCACUCCAGCAUACGAAAAAUGGCUUCAACAGAAUGAAACUCGUCUCUCAAAACGUGUCGUCUUCGAUCGAUUGGCGCAAUUGUACGCGACUUAUUAUGAAACGGAAUGGAGUGGGCCAUUUGAUCGGAUAGCCAUCCAGAACUUUGCUGAAUGGGAUGAUUACGGAGACGGGACCGAGUAUGCGUUAGGUCCUUUGGGUUUCAAGGCUAUUCUCGACAACAUCAAAACCAAUGUCAAUGAGGUGAACGUUCGCUACAAUUCGACAGUGCAAAAGAUUGACUACAGUGGCGCCAAGGCUCGCCUCACUUUAUCGACCGCUCCCAUCGAUCAAUCACUUCUCUUCGACUAUGUGAUUGUCACUUGUUCUCUCGGACAUCUCAAGAGAUUUGCUUCAUCUCUUUUCACGCCUCUUUUACCGUCAAUGAAACAAGAAGCCAUUCAGAAAUUGGGAAUGGGCAAUAUGAUGAAAGUUUUUCUUGAAUACGAGAAAGAUUGGUGGAAAGAAGAUUCAAUCUUGGUCAUCACCGAUUCGAGAAACACCGACACUCGAUCGGUGACGAAAAACACUUUCCGUGUGUUCACCCCGUUGGAAUGGGAAAGGAAUAUGUUGAUUUGUUGGCUAGCUGGUGAUGGACCGAGUUUAAUCUCGAAUCUCGAUGAUGCAACACUCGCUCAAAUGAUGACAGAAAGACUUCGCGAAGGACUCAAUAAUCAAACAAUUCCACUUCCUAAAAGUGUCAUCAGAAUGAACUGGUCCUCGAAUCCCCUCUUCCUCGGCUCUUACUCGUUCAUCACUCCCGAGGCGGCCACUUUAGGUGAUGGAGAUCCAUACUCGAUUAUGGCGGAACCUGUGAGAAAUGCGGGAACUGGGAAAGCUCAAAUCCUUUUCGCUGGUGAAGCGACCCAUUCAAAUCUCUAUCAAACAACCUCUGGAGCCUAUCUCUCUGGGCAACGUGAGGCGAAGAGAAUCCUCAAACUUGAAAGAAUCAAA